CUGGCGGCGCCGAGCUCCCCGCGCGCAGCACAUGGGGCGCCUGACAGAGACAGCGGGUGGCGGCGCUUGGGUUGUGCGCUCGGCCGGGUCCCCUCCGGAUCUCCUGCCCCUGUCGUCCACGCCCUCCGGCUGCGCAGCCACCAUGGUGUCCAGUGAGGAGGAAGGCGCCUCGGAGGCCAGCGACGAGAGGGAGGCGGCCGGCAAGAGGAGGCGCCUCGGCUUUUUGGCCACCACCUGGCUCACCUUCUACAACAUCGCCAUGACCGCGGGGUGGUUGGUUCUCGCUAUUGCCAUGGUACGUUUUUAUAUGGAGAAAGGAACACACAGAGGUUUAUAUAAAAGUAUUCAGAAGACAUUGAAAUUUUUCCAGACAUUUGCUUUGCUCGAGAUAGUCCACUGUUUAAUUGGAAUUGUACCUACUUCUGUGAUUGUAACUGGGGUCCAAGUGAGUUCUAGAAUCUUCAUGGUGUGGCUCAUUACUCACAGCAUAAAACCAAUCCAGAAUGAGGAGAGUGUGGUGCUUUUUCUGGUGGCGUGGACGGUGACAGAGAUCACUCGCUAUUCCUUCUACACAUUCAGUCUCCUUGACCACUUGCCGUACUUCAUUAAAUGGGCCAGAUAUAAUUUUUUUAUUAUCUUAUAUCCCGUCGGAGUUGCUGGUGAACUUCUUACAAUAUACGCUGCCUUGCCUUACGUGAGGAAGACGGGAAUGUUCUCACUAAGACUUCCUAACAAGUACAAUGUCUCUUUCGACUACUAUUAUUUUCUCCUUAUAACCAUGGCCUCCUAUGUACCAUUGUUUCCACAACUCUAUUUUCAUAUGUUACAUCAAAGAAGAAAGGUGCUUCAUGGAGAGGUGAUUGUAGAAAAGGAUGAUUAAACACGAUCCCUGCAAACAAGGUGCUUUUUCCAGAAUAACCAAGAUUACUUGACUCUUAAGUUUUAACAAGAAUAAACAACUUCAUGAAAU